CGUCCUUCAGCCGCUCCAGGAAGGCGUCCCGCAGGCGGGUCAGGCCGGGCCGCAGGUCCCUCGCCGCCUGGCGGGCGCCCAGCUGCCCUCGGGUGAUGGCGCUGGCGGUGAGGCGGGCGGCGGCGCGGAUGGGCCGCGACUCGGAGAGCUUCUCGAUGAGGUGCGGGUUGCUGAGCAGCGCCAGCAGCAGCCGCCGCAGCGCCAUCCCGCGCGCCGCUCCCGCGAGAGUCGCCGCGAGCCGAAAGUUCUCGCGAGAGGCGCCGAGCGGGAGGGACCGGUUCUCGCGAGAGCGGCGCCGCGUCCCGCCAUUGGUGGCGGAAUCGGUGGCGCCGUGUUGCGCGGCUGCGGUGCGGGCCGGCAGCAUGUGCUCGGGCGGCACGCUGAGCAUCCUGCGCAGCGACUCCUACGUGGACCUCAGCCAGUACCGCGACCAGCACUUCCGGGGCACGCGGUACGACCAGGAGCGGCUGCUGAGGAAGAGCUGCACGCUGUACGUGGGGAACCUCUCGUUCUACACCACGGAGGAGCAGAUCCACGAGCUGUUCGGCAAGAGCGGCGACAUCAAGAAGAUCAUUAUGGGGCUGGACAAGGUGAAGAAAACCGCCUGCGGCUUCUGCUUCGUCGAGUAUUAUGCAAGAGGAGAUGCUGAGAACGCAAUGCGGUACAUCAAUGGGACCAGGCUUGACGACAGGAUCAUCAGGACUGACUGGGAUGCAGGAUUUAAGGAGGGCCGGCAGUACGGCCGGGGGAGGUCAGGGGGCCAGGUCAGAGAUGAGUAUCGGCAAGACUAUGAUGCUGGAAGAGGUGGCUAUGGUAAAACUGUUCAAUGCCAGUGAAUAGUGAAUGAGUCACCAGCCUCACAGGAGAACUAAAUGCCAAUUGUAAAUGUUUUGAGGUGCAGAGUAGAUCUUUUGCACACAAGUUCAUGUAAAUAGAAAUUUACAGGAGCUACUAUCAGUGUUCCUGUAAUCACUAGUAUAUUCUAUUUCUCUUCUGUUUUAAUACCAGGAUGCAAAGCAUUGCCAAGUACACUAGUACACAGGACCUGGGAGCAAGGUUUUAAGCAAUAGUAUGCAUGAGACUUUGGUCUCAGAAUGCUGCUACAAAUCUACUGAAAUAAUCAAAGGUUUAACAGAAUGGUGCUUCUUUCUUUCUCUGGCAAAAACUUGAUUAUUCUGUCACUGAAUUUUGUUUAUGUUAGUAUCACAAAACAGAGGGGGGGUCUUAAAGGUAGAUUUGUGUAUGGUUCAGAGACUGAAGGAAAAGUCAAAGUGCCCAAAAUGGAAAUGAAAUUCCAAUUUCCAGAGUAGUCUUAAAGUUGUAGACUUUGAGUUUGGUGAAUUAACAGCCUUUUACAUUGAUGCUUUUCCUUUCUGAGUUAGCACACAUCUAUGAAGGGCACAAUAAAGUAAGCCAGAUUGAGCCCAGGAAUCAUAAAAUGAGAAGCAAACCUAGCAGAUAGGAAAAAUCAGACCUCCAGUAUUCUUCAGAGUAUACUGCUGUUGUAUGACAUUGUAUGGUUCAGAACCAUCUUGCUUUGUGAGGUAUGGAGUGCAGGAAUUACAGUUCUAGUUAUUUUCAUGGUUGGAGUAGUACUCUUUUACUCCAGUCUGGUAGAGCUCCAUAGCCUUAAUAUUUGAGGAACAGUAUCUUCCCUGUGUCUGCAAGGAUAGUAUGGAGCCAAGCUUUGCAGUUAAUCCCUUUCCUGCUCCUUCCUUGCCCUCGUCAAAAUCUAUAUGAGGAAUUAUCUGUAUAGUGAGAAAGUUUGUUUUCAAAAUAGAUUUUCUGUUUGAGAAACCUGAUGGCAAAUAAAGUUAAAAGUAAUUUUAAAAGAUUAGCUUUGGAGAAGCUUUACUUUAUAUGGAGUAUGUGGUAAGACUGGUAAAAGAAUUGUGGAACUCUUUUUGCAUUUUUUCUUUCCUCUGGAUCUUAGGACAAGGGGGGGGGAUAUGUUAGGCAAAAGUUCCAUACUCAGAGGUGCUGAGGCAGUGGCCCAAGCUGUCCAGAGAGCUGUGGGUGCCCCCUCCCUAUAGGUGUGCAAGGCUGGGCUGGAUGGGGCCCUGGACAGCCUGAAUUGGUUGGGGGCCACAAUGCCACCAGACUGACUUCCAAACCCAAGCCAUUCUGUCAUACUGUGAUUAAUACUGCCAGUUAACGUGAUGGGAUAUUGUUGUAAUACUGCAUCAGGAAAAAAAAAAAUUGUGAAAUGAACUGCUGAAAUGAACUGGGUUUUGAAGAAA